AUGCUAUUCAACGCUAUGAAAUCCACCAUGGGAUUUCGUCUUCUCAUCAUGACUCUUUUGGCGGGUACUGCCGCCGCAGCGGAUGAUGCAGAAUUUGCUUUUAAUCUAUUUUCCGAUAUUGCACCGGUUAUUGCUCUUUUCGGAGAUCAGUUUGCAAGGCAGUUCAUGAGCGAGAGUCUGACGUGGGUUGACCACGUCGUCUUUGCCAUGGUACCUCUAGGCAUUUUAACUGCCAUCACUGCCGCUAUCCGCGUACAAGGCUCUCCGGUCGCAAAAGCUUUUAUCGGGCGUGCCCGCGAAAACAAAGCCCUUGCCGAGAUUGAGCUCAUGUCUUCAACAUCAGGGGAGGUUUGUGAACUGUUUAAUGGGAACUCUAUUGUCAGGGCCAUGGGUAAACCUCGAAUAACGGAAUUUCUGAUAUUUCCUAAGAAGUAUAAGGAAUCGGAAAGAAAGUACGCAGACAAUCUCGGAGGUACCGAACCCGCAGAGGAUGAAUCAUGGGGCAUCGAAUCUUUCAGAAGCGCGAAUUCGGAGAGGUGUAAGGAGAUGAAGUGCAAACCCUACGAAAGCAAAAGCACAGCCUGGAUUCGGGAACAAUCUACAACUGUGCGCAAAGCUUUAGAGAUUUUAAACAAUUCGUGGAAAGAGUUUCCGAAGUCCAUCUCCCAGAUCCUUUAUGUCAUGGGAGGUUUAUUCAUCGUUAUUUGGAAACUCCGUCACAGUUGGAACAGCAAGGAGCCUCGCCAGACCAGUUCAGAUAUGGAAUCAGGACAUAUGACCGUGUCGGCUUUACCUGAUCAGACCACUCCUGACAGUAACAUCAACACAGUAGAGGAUGAAAAGGCUACUGGUGAAGCUGAUACUUCUAGGCCGCCCGAAGGAUCGUCGAAUCUUCAGCUGAACCUUUCAUCGGAUUAUUCCGACCAUUCAGGACCGACAAAGGGUCAAGAAAUAGCACUAGCCGCUAUUUUUGGUGUCAUUCUGCAACUUGGUCUCAUUGUGAUUGCAGCAAUUAUAACCUUUUAUCUCAGCCCUUCCUCCCAUAGCUUGUUGGAAACCAAGGCUUAUGGUUUUCCAUGUUAUGUUGUUGGUACAGUUAUGCUCUCUAUUGAAAGGGUCGAUGGGAGUCCAAAAGACAAGAGAUUCUCAUUACUGUGGGUGCAGCAACACCAGACUGUUAACGACCAAACCUUCAAAGGUUAUGUCAUCUUGGCAGGCCAAAAACGUCGGAUCAUGACCUCAAGACGAAAAACGUAUGAUAUCCAACAAUACAAGGCAGGAGAGAAGCUGUGGCGACUGGCAACCCUGGGUGCUGCUGUUUCAGCUGGCAUCGGAUUUGUCGCUCAAUUUAUGGGCCUCCGUGGCCUUGCGUUUCCAUGCUCCAUUGCUCAGCUCGGGGCCAUCAUUCUCAUGGCUCUCAUCAGGGCUUGGAUCCGUCGACGACUGGGACGUUUGCCUGUGAAUAGCAUUGCGCUUGCUGGAUAUGAGCUCGACUUCCUUGCAACGCAUAUAACCUUCAAUCCAGACUUUCUAAAUUUUCAAUGGAGUAAAGGGAAAGAUGAAAAGCCCUUCGGGAAAGAAAGACGACCAACAGAAUUCUGUCGUUGGUAUAUUAACACUCCGGAGGAUGUCUCGCUUGACAGAUCAAAGGACUCUAGCAAUGUUUUGUCUCCAGAAGGGAUUCAAAAAGAUUCUAUUGGAAAGCUUGGCACGGCUGCUUCGGGGCACCAUGAACCGAAACUAUCAGUUCAUGAACGUCCUCAUCUACCAUCGAGCCAACAACUUCUUCGUGUACGAGAACGCCUGAGUAACUUAUGUAAAUGGAAUUCAAAGGCUUCCGAGAGUGCUAGGGCCUUGGCGCAGUCUAUUGAGCAUUUCAUGGAUACCUUCUCUCACAAUAUGAGGGAUGGCAACAAGGGCCAACUUCGAGCCUUGAACUGGGAGAUUAAAUCGACGAGGCGGCCAGAGGAAGGGGAUCACUUGCAGGAAGAUUACAUACAGAUUUCUGUGAAAAGAAGCUCCCAAGGAAAGUGGAAGGCAGAUCUUGGGAAGAUUGAUGCGGCGUUGUCUCUAUGGAUGGCUGAUAUCGAAGCGAAGAGGCUGAACAAAGAGCGGACGGACAAAGACAAUGAAACGGAUUCUUCCCAAGAUUGGAGACGCACCCAGUCUGGAAAUGACUUGACCUACAAAUAUGGUCGCCUUGUCGGCGACAACUUGAAGGACGAUGUCCUUAAGAGGGACAUCUCCUGGUGGGUUGAUGGCAUAAUCGCUGAUCAAUGCGAUCCGAGAGUUCGCGAAAUACGUAAGGAUGGACAAGACACUAGCCAGCAGAAAAGCCAGCAUUGGCGCAAGGAUGGAGACCUAGUCAUUGGAACAAAAGAGGAAUCUGAAAAUGUCGAUGCUUCUGAGUUCGGUAUCAGCUCAACGGGCAGUCUGCCCUGCAUAUUGGCACAGCAUCUCUUUACCAGCUUCAUCUGGACAGCAGUCAAACGUUUAUCCAAAGGAGUCCUCCAAACACAUGUCGAUGGUAUUCGCCAAGUCGAAAUUGAAGGUGUUCACGUGUUCGAUUCUCAGUCUUUUGACCAGAUGUGGUUCCGACCCAGACUUCGCCAUCGCCAACUCAGCAAGAGCAUUCGUCAAAUGGAAACAUAUGGUCUCGGAAGCAUGAAUGAGAUUCUUCUUUGCAUAAUACCAGCAUUCAGCCAUAUGGGCCUCUUACCUAACCAGGAAAUACUCAAACUUAUGCCCCGGAUCAGAUCCGGCCACGGGUGGGUAGAAGUGGCCAUGUGUCACACGAGGCUCCUUCAACGUGUCAAAGAACCUAGCGGCAAGAGCAUAGAAAAGCUUACUGCUGCUGCUAUCAUUUCCGCGAUGGACUUCGUGUUACUUGCUUAUGAGCCAUACGACGAAAACACAAAGCCCUCAGAGGAGCUCAAUUCAGAACUUGGUGAAAUUAUCGCCACGGUUGUCUCGGCUGGACUGAGAACUGUUAUGGAGAAGAUAAUUCCUUUUUACCAUCUUCAAAAUCGUGGCGAGGCUGUUGCAAGGAUCUUCCGCCAGUUCUCCAAGCUGCAGGGAGUGACAAAGGCUCUCUCAACAUUGAAAGUUCAAGAAGAGUGUCUUGACACCUAUAUAUCUGAGGAUGGAGACGAUGAAUUCUUGGAUGAAAGUUUUGCUAUAGAAACUCUGGACUUUUCUAAGCAGCACUUCGACUUGGUGUCACCUCUCAAGAGAGACAAGUCGCCGCGAGUCACCAUGCUUGAAAUUCGGGGAAAAGCAAAAGAAAAUUCAGCUCGGCUCAAGAUGCUCGACGUAUUCGGCUGGAGUGCACUUCAUUAUGGCUCUGUUGCUCCAAAACGUUGUCCUAGCUACUAUUUAUAUGCCGAGUCCGCUGGGGCUCUCUACGAAAUGACGCUUUUGAGCGAGAAACUAGGAGACACUAUGCGCGAUCUAGAACUGGUGCUAAAAAAGGACUUAUGGCAUCGACAGGCACUGCAUCUUGCCUGCAAGUUUGGACAUGACCAGGUGAUUGUUGAGCUUUUGAAGAUGGGAGCACGGUCUGAUCAGUUUGAUGAUUUUGAAAAGUCUCCUGUUGACUAUUUUCUGGAAGCCAAGAGAAUCAAGCGUUCUCCAAAACCCGACGAAGAGCAGAAUAUUGAGGCUCCGACACCCAUUGACCAUGGCAAUGCAGAAGGUCUGGGUCAGGAAGAUCGCGCGAUAUUCCUGAAGUUCUCUCCAAAGCCAGAUACUGAGUACCAGCACCGGAAGACCCUGCUGCAUAUUGCGGUCGAGAUUGAAGACGGAGGCACCAUUGCCGCACUGUGUGAUAAAAACUUCAACGUUAAUGCUCGUGACCAGAGUGGUCGAACACCUCUUCAUUAUGCACUUGCUGCUUCAAAUGUGACUAUGGCCAAGUCACUCGUGGAAGCUUUCGGAGCUGUUCCUACCAUCAAAGAUUCGCAAGGCGUGACGUCAUUACUUCUAUCCGCGAGUCGAGGUCUUAUGGGUAUGGUGAGGUUCCUAGUACGCAGGAAUUAUGACCCAUCGGAAGCGGACUCAGAUGGAAAGACCGCGCUAGACAUGGCCAUUGCCCGCGGGCAUGAAAAGAUUGCGAUAUAUCUGUUGAAACUUGAACAGAAGCAAGAUGGUCCGUUUAUGGGUGAGGGAAACUCCUCGUUGGUUACGGCUUGUCGAGAAGGCCUGUCUCGAGUUGUUCCGAGAAUUCUAGACAAGUGGCCUGAACUGAUUGAUAAACCUGGGACAUGGGACGAGCCGCCUAUUUCUUGGGCGUGCGAGAACGGCCAUAGCGCGAUCGUCAAGCAGCUAAUUGCUCACCUCGAAGACAAACCUGACAUCAAACCACAAGUGUUGAAUCAACAGGCUACAAGAUGGCGUAACUAUACUCCACUACACUUUGCAACGUGUUCGCCAUAUCCAAAAUGCUUGGCACUUCUCCUUGACCAGGACUGUGUCAAACUUGACUUGGAGGACGCUUAUGGAAACACGCCUGUACAUCUCACAAUCCAGGAGGAUAAAAUCGACCACAUGCGGCAAAUAUUGAUGCAUAGAAGGACUUCAUUCGGGGAGAGGAUCAAAUACGUCAAGGAACUCAUUAAUUUACCAUCCAGCAAUGCAUACAGCUCGAGCAUAUCCGAAAUACUUGAGAGCGUUACUGACGCAACUCUCCUCGAUGAGUUCUUAGUGUGGUUUCUUGACAAGAUCGAGGAGAUCAACAAGGAGUCACUACUCCGAUUGUUAGUAACUAACGUGAAAGAAAAGUCUUGGGGGAGAUUCUCGAGCCCUUGGGAGUUGGUCGCUUUAUUCAAUCAUCUGGGUUUCAAGAAAGAACUCAAAUCUCAUAAUGCAGAUGAGAACGGCUUCGAUGAAGAUGGAUGGUCAUGUGUCGAGUUCGUCAAAAGCUUCAACCGAACGGGCACAUUUAAGCAUCUUCUCUGCUAUCUGGAAAGUCAAAGAGAAGCGUCAUCGAUUCCUCCGCUUACCACGCCAGUAACGCUUGUGGGAGAGCAGUUUCUCCAGGCCGUAUAUAUAUCUACAUGCCCCACAGAAGGUCAUGCGAAUUGUGGAAAAGUGCACCGCGUCAAUGUGGUUAAAGAGAUUGACGAUGUCGGAAAGGUUUGUCUUCGCAGCGAUCACUGUAUUAGUGCUGAGAGCGACUACUUUUACUACGAGGUGAAAGUUCUGGCGGAGGCACCUUGCCAGUGGCUAGGAGUUGGAUUCUGUGGAUGGGACACAGGGGAGGACGAGAUGCCCGGUUGGUUCGAAAGAUCAUGGGCAUACCAUGGUGAUGAUGGUUUACUGUUCGUUGAUUCAGUUGAUGGCGAUCGUCCCAGUCAGGACUUCGGAGAACAAGGGGUAUUCGGCUCAAAGGAUACUGUGGGGGUUUGCUUAAACAUGAAUACAGGACAAGGCUUCUGCACGAAGAAUGGGAAGCGAUUAGACAUGGGUGAUGUUUUUUCGUUACCUGAUGAGAGGUUUAACUAUGGGAAGCUGUAUCCAUGUGUAGGGUUCGAUGUGACCUCGGAAGGCGUGGGACUUGACUUUGAGGUGAACUUUGAUGGAUCGGGACAGCAUCCCUUUGAGUACAAAGGGCCAUACAUUUGA